CACUCAUUCCACGAUGCUUCAAUUCAUCCUUAUUGUCGCUAUUGGCCUCGGAUUUUCCACGGCUCUCCCAACUACCACUGCCAAUACCCAUUUGCCCGACCACAUUAAUCCCGCCCCCUCGAAGUGUCCCACCCUCUGCGAGGACGCCAUCAAUGAAUGCGGCAUGAGGUACGGCGGGUGCUACCCGCACCCCAAAUGCGCCGGCGUCCCCAAACCAAUCUUCACCCCACCUCCGUGCCCAACCGUCAGCAAGGGAUGCCCUCAAAUCUGCUCGGACGCCGUCAACGAGUGCGGCAUGAUGUACGGCGGAUGCUACCCGGAACCCAAGUGCGCCGGCGUCCCCGCCCCAGUCUUCACCGCGCCUCCGUGCCCGCCCUCCGGUUCGAACAAGCCAGUCGCCUGCAUGCAGUCCAUCUGCUACGACCACGUCGAUGAGUGCGGCCAGGGCUUUGGCGGCUGCACCCUCGCCCCCGAAUGUGGUGGCCCCGCCAGUCCUACCUUCUCCCGCCCUAGCUGCAGCUUGACGAAGCCGACCGCGAAGCCUAUCCGUUACGUUCCGGUCGUCAAGAAGCCGAAGGCUACGCCUUACGCUUCGGCCGGUAAGAAGCCCAAGAACAAGAGUGUUCCUUGCACGUCGGCCACCGCCACCCCGACUCGCAGAUAUGUGUAGAUUCACCGUCUUGGUGUUGAUACAUCGUAGGAUAUUAGUUCAUAUGUAACUGGAUGAAGACGCGGACUCGAUGAUGAUGAGG